UACACAAAAGCGGUUUUAUAAGUAUUUUUUCGAUCGAGGCGACUAUUACCGCGGUCGUGGUGGGCUGGGCACUGGUGUAGCAUUGUAGCAACAGCGAUAAUACCGCGCGACCGGACAGUGCAAGCGUGCAUGCGCGUCGCAACCGUCCACACGGUUAUCCCGUCCCGUCGUCGUCCCAACCUUUGGCCCGAAAUUUUCUCGUCCGAAUUUUUAUUUUUACCCGUCACCGGCGCCGGUUAGUCUCAUAAUUAUCUCAUCUAUCACCGUGUUCCCGCGGCCCUUCACACGAUAUUGUGGCCACCAUGCCGUCGCCGUCGUCGUCGCUGCACUGUAGCCGCCGCCGUACGCCGUCGCUGCAGACGACCGUCGCCUUGGUCGCCGCCGUGGCCGUAGCGGUCGCCGUCCGUUCGACGGUCGCCGCCCCGCAGUCCGACGGCGACGCCGUGAUCACGAUCGCCGGCCAGCAGUGCAAGUGCGUGCCGUUCUACUUGUGCGAGUCGAGCAAUACUGUCUACGUACCCUCUGAAUCUACAGAAUCGGGUUGUAUGAGUGACUUGGUAUGUUGCCGAGUAGAAUCAAACUCACCAGUUACCGAAUCGUAUUCAACAACAUCUACAACAUCUGAAUCUGAAUUACCUCAAGUUAGUUCAUCUUCUCAGGAACCGUAUAUUGAAACUACCGAGAAUAUCGAGAAUAAUAAACCAUGUACAUGUGUAUCCAAAAAUCAAUGUUUACCAUCAAAUAAAAAUGAUAAUACAAGAAAUGGCAGUUGUAGUAGCAAUAAAGUUUGUUGCAUAAAUGAGUAUGUUAAUAUCGUACCAACUCAGGAAACACCUAUUAUUGAUGAGUUUAACAAUAAUAAUGUUCGUAGUUGUGGUAUUGGUAAGUCACCACCAGAUACCAUAAAUACUGAUAAUAUAGGAACACGUAUUGUUAAUUCUGAAGAUUAUUCAGACACGUAUUUUGGUCAAUUUCCAUGGAUGGCUGCUAUUCUAAAAACCGACAUAAAUGAAGACACAGGUAUAAAAACUGAAAAUGUUUUCCUAUGUGGUGGUUCAUUAAUACACCCACGAGUCAUUUUAACAGCAGCGCACUGUGUCAGAGAUAAAAAUGUGAAAUUAUUAAAAGUACGAGUGGGCGUUUGGGAUACACAAUCCAACAAUAACGAAGAAGAAAAAGAAAUUUCGCACCAAGAUCGCAGUGUUUCAAAAAUAGUGUGUCAUCCAAAUCAUAAUAAUGGAACUAUGUACAACGAUGUUGCGUUAGUUGAACUCGAAUCUGAAUUUACAUUACACUCGCAUAUUAAUGUUAUAUGCAUUCCCAGCGAUGAAAAACAACUAAGCUAUAACCCCAAAUCAUGUGUAUCAACAGGAUGGGGUAAAAAUGGAUUUGAACUAGGCAGUAAAUAUCAAACUGUAUUAAAAAAAGUAGAGUUGUCCCUUGUGCCCAAUGAUGUAUGUCAGCAGCAAUUACGGAACACGCGUCUUGGAAACUUUUUCCGUUUACAUGAUAGUUUUAUUUGUGCUGGCGGCAUAAAGGGAGUAGACGUGUGCAAAGGUGACGGCGGUGGACCGUUAAUAUGUGCAGUAAAAGAAUCCCAAGAGAAGUCAAAAAAAUAUAUUCAAGUGGGUAUUGUGUCUUGGGGUAUUGGGUGCGGUGAUGAAAAUGUACCUGGUGUAUACUCAUCGGUAAUAGCCAAUUCCCAGUGGAUCAAUAAGGAGCUUAAAAUUAUUACACAAUAAAAACGUCGUUUUUUCCAACUACUGGCAUUUUAAUUUAUAUAUUAUUAUACUUUGACUGGGUAUUUGAUCGAAUUUAUAUCGAUUUAUUUCCCGAUAUAUUAUAAUGUAAGCAUAAAAUAUAUAUUUCAAUGUAUGCCUUAAA